CCGCGCGCCCGCCAUCGCCCCUUUAAGAGCGGCGCCCGCGGGCGGCGGGGAGGCGGCGGGCGGGGGCGCGCGCGGCGGGAGGAGGGGGCGCGCGCUUCCCGGAACAGCCCGCGCAGAGGAAAGAGAGGAAGAAAAUAAAACCCGCGGCCGGAGCCGAAGCUGGAGCUGCCGCCGCCGCCGCCUCGGCCGUCUGGAGCUCCCCCGCGCGGACGAUGCCCGCGGCGCCCGAGCGGGGCUCGGGGCGGUGAGGCCCGGGGCGCGGGGUAGCUAUGGCGACCGCGAGCGCGGCCCGCGGCGCCGCCUGACAGGUGUGGGCCCCGGCGGCGGCGGCGGCGCGGAGCAGCAUGUACGCCAAGGGGGGCAAGGGCUCGGCUGUGCCCUCCGACAGCCAGGCCCGCGAGAAGUUGGCGCUGUACGUGUAUGAGUACCUGCUGCAUGUCGGUGCCCAGAAGUCAGCCCAGACUUUUCUGUCCGAGAUCCGAUGGGAGAAGAACAUCACACUGGGGGAGCCCCCAGGCUUCCUGCAUUCCUGGUGGUGCGUGUUCUGGGACUUGUACUGUGCCGCGCCCGACCGCAGAGAGGCUUGCGAGCACUCGAGUGAGGCCAAGGCCUUCCAGGACUACAGCGCUGCAGCCGCCCCCAGCCCUGUGAUGGGGAGCAUGGCCCCCAACGACGCAUUGGCAGCCGGCCCUAUGGCUCCUGGCUUCUUCCAGGGCCCCCCUGGCUCCCAGCCGCCCCCCCACAACCCCAACGCCCCCAUGAUGGGGCCUCAUAUUCAGCCCUUCAUGUCACCGCGGUUCCCAGGGGGCCCCCGGCCCACCCUGCGGAUGCCGAGUCAGCCUCCUGUAGGCCUCCCCGGCUCCCAGCCCCUCAUUCCUGGCGCCAUGGACCCCUCCCCGCGAGCUCAGGGGCAUCCGAGCAUGGGCUCAGUGCAGAGGGUAACGCCUCCAAGGGGCAUGGCCAGCGUUGGGCCCCAGAGCUACGGAGGUAGUAUGCGGCCCCCACCCAACUCACUCGCCGGCCCAGGCCUGCCCACCAUGAACAUGGGCCCUGGAGUGCGCGGCCCGUGGACCAGCCCCAGUGGCAACUCGAUCCCCUACUCCUCAUCCUCCCCCGGCAGCUACUCGGGACCCCCAGGAGGAGGUGGUCCCCCUGGAACGCCCAUCAUGCCCAGCCCUGGAGACUCCACCAACUCCAGCGAGAACAUGUACACCAUUAUGAACCCCAUCGGGCCGGGCGCCGGCAGGGCUAACUUCCCCCUGGGCCCUGGCCCCGAGGGCCCCAUGGCCGCCAUGAGUGCAAUGGAGCCUCACCACGUGAACGGAUCCCUGGGCUCGGGCGACAUGGACGGGUUGCCGAAGAGCUCCCCCGGCGCCGUGGCCGGCCUGAGCAACGCCCCGGGCACCCCGCGGGACGACGGCGAGAUGGCGGCCGCCGGGACUUUCCUGCACCCGUUCCCGAGCGAAAGCUACUCGCCCGGGAUGACCAUGAGCGUGUGAUGGGGCAGCAGCCCCGUGCCCACUGCCGGCCUCGGCUUCUGCCCAGCGCCAAAGCCCAGGGGCUCGGGUGGUCUGCAGGGUGAGGGUCUGAGGUCACAGCCCGGUCAAGGCUUGGACGGCCGGGAGGCCCCGCACGCAGGAUUCUCAUUUUAUUAAACUCACGAGGACCUCAGAGACACUUUUUCCUGUGUCGGCCCUCCCCACCGUUUCUGUUUUGGCCUGGGGGGGCUCCUUGGGGGACCUCCUUUCCCCUGGACAGCAGGGGGUGGGCCCCAUCAAUAAAUGUAAGGCGGUUUUGGUUUUUGGUA